AUGGAGCAUUUUCAGGGAGCUUGGAAGACUAUCAGUAAUGGUUUUGGAUUUAAAGAUUCAGUCUUUGAUGGCUCUGGCUGUAUUUCUCCUACUCUUGUCCAGCAGUUUGGCUAUCAGCGCAGGGCAUCAGAUGAUGGCAAACUUACAGAUUCCUCCAAAACAAGUAAUACUAUCCGAGUUUUCUUGCCAAACAAGCAAAGGACUGUGGUUAAUAUUCGAAAUGGAAUGACCUUGCAUGAUUGCCUUAUGAAGGCUCUUAAAGUGAGAGGCCUCCAGCCAGAAUGUUGUGCAGUUUUUAGGCUUCUCCAUGAACACAAAGGGAAAAAAACGCGUUUAGAUUGGAAUACUGAUGCUGCCUCUUUGGUGGGAGAAGAACUUCAAGUAGAUUUCCUGGAUCAUGUCCCCCUCACAACACACAAUUUUGCUCGAAAAACUUUCCUGAAGCUUGCCUUCUGUGAUAUUUGUCAGAAGUUCCUGCUGAAUGGAUUUAGAUGUCAGACAUGUGGCUACAAGUUUCAUGAGCACUGUAGCACUAAGGUUCCCACUAUGUGUGUGGAUUGGAGUAAUAUCAGACAGCUCUUAUUGUUUCCAAAUUCCAAUGUUGGUGAUAGUGGUGUACCAGCACUACCUCCCCUAACAAUGCGUCGGAUGCGAGAGUCUGUUUCCCAGAUCCCCAUUAGCUCCCAGCACAGGUAUUCCACGCCCCACGCCUUCACAUUCAGCACGUCGCCGCCGUCCUCAGAGGGCUCCCUCUCCCAGAGGCAGAGGUCUACAUCUACCCCAAAUGUUCAUAUGGUCAGCACCACCAUGCCAGUGGACAGUCGGAUUAUAGAGGAUGCAAUUCGAAGUCACAGUGAAUCAGCCUCACCUUCAGCUCUGUCCAGUAGUCCAAACAACCUGAGUCCAACUGGCUGGUCUCAGUCCAAAACUCCUGUUCCAGCACACAGAGAAAGAGCCCCAGGAUCCGGUACACAAGAGAAAAAUAAAAUUAGGCCACGUGGACAGAGAGAUUCGAGUUAUUACUGGGAAAUAGAAGCCAGUGAAGUCAUGCUAUCAACCAGAAUAGGGUCAGGUUCAUUUGGGACAGUGUACAAGGGUAAAUGGCACGGAGACGUUGCUGUGAAGAUAUUAAAGGUCAUUGAUCCAACCCCAGAACAGUUGCAGGCUUUCAGGAACGAAGUGGCCGUCUUAAGAAAAACCAGGCAUGUUAACAUUCUGUUGUUCAUGGGCUAUAUGACUAAAGAUAACCUGGCAAUUGUGACACAGUGGUGUGAGGGGAGCAGUCUUUAUAAGCACCUCCAUGUCCAGGAGACCAAAUUUCAGAUGUUCCAGCUUAUCGACAUUGCCCGGCAGACAGCACAAGGAAUGGAUUAUUUACAUGCAAAGAACAUCAUCCACAGAGACAUGAAAUCAAAUAAUAUAUUUCUUCAUGAAGGUCUGACAGUGAAAAUAGGUGACUUUGGUUUGGCAACAGUAAAAUCUAGAUGGAGUGGAUCUCAACAAGUGGAACAGCCAACAGGUUCCGUUCUCUGGAUGGCUCCGGAAGUUAUCCGCAUGCAGGACAAUAAUCCAUUCAGCUUUCAAUCAGAUGUCUAUUCCUAUGGCAUUGUGCUGUAUGAACUGAUGACAGGGGAGCUACCAUAUUCACACAUCAACAACCGAGAUCAGAUUAUAUUUAUGGUUGGUCGAGGGUAUGCAUCUCCAGAUCUCAGUAAGCUAUACAAGAAUUGCCCCAAAGCCAUGAAGAGGCUUGUAGCAGACUGUGUGAAGAAAGUUAAGGAAGAAAGACCUCUUUUUCCACAGAUAUUGUCUUCCAUUGAGUUACUACAACACUCUUUACCGAAAAUCAACCGCAGUGCUUCCGAACCCUCUCUGCACCGUGCAGCCCACACAGAGGAUAUAAACUCAUGCACACUGACAUCCACGAGACUCCCGGUUUUCUAGGCACAUUCUUGCACCAUUGUCCCCAACAGGAAAGUCCCCAAAGUUCUGCUUUUCUUACCUUAAUGGAUGAGAUGAAUUUUUUUUUCUUCAGAAAAAGCUGCUACAGAUUUCUACAAUUCAAGUACUACAGGGACAUCACUCCAUGUUGCCUUUUUCUACUAUUUGUUUGCUCAAUGAGAUGUUUUCCACUCAUUUUGUGUCAUGUCAUAAUGGUGUCAUUUUACCAAUAACUAACAGACAAGAUGCAAUACAAGCCAGAGUUUUAAAAAUAGAUGCCCUUGAGCCUUAUUUUCCUCUACAGAGGCGGCUGUGUUUAUUUGGCAAUGUUUUCUCUUGAUCAUUUUUGUUGGAUCAAUUAGUAUUUUUAUAGUAAGAAUGGCUAAAUUCUUUGUGAGGGGAUCCUGAAGAGGAUAUUUCCGGACAAAGACGGCAGUCCAACUCCAGAGAAAAGGGGAUAAUGAAUUCUGAAUACAAGUUCCUACAAUGAGUGUUAAUCAUGCCAAGGAAUUUUAAUUUUUUUAAAACAUGGCAAGUUACCAGAUAGUUUUGCACAUAGAAAACAAUCAUGCGAAGGAAUAAACUGAUCUCCAUAGUACUGCUCUCAAAUGGAGGCCAUACAUACAGCCUUGCUGCAAUUACUGACCUAAGGAGUGAUACCCUGGUACGUAACAGACUUCUUUCUUGCACCCAAUGAGAUAUCCAGUUGUGCAAUGACUGUCUUUUAAAUGAGGAAUUGCUAUGCUCCACUCUCAACAAGCAGAGUGACCUACCAAUUUGAAGCUGUCUUCCAGGAGAUGCACUAUAUGAGGUAUGAGUUUAAAAAGAUUGAUUUUUCAUUUGUAUCUGGCCCAGAAAAAAAAAUCCGUUUGUCAUGUCGCUUUACAGUCAUACCUCGUAUAACAAGGAAACUGAAUAUAUACAGUUUUUCUUGA